CCGAGUGGAAAACUCCAGCACGGUGGCGUUGUUGUCGUGUCACAGCAGCUGCAGACCUUCAGCCACUUUGUCCUUCUGCUUGGCGCUAAACGGCGAUCUUGUGGCUCGCUGCUUUCCGGACCACACCACCAAACAUCUGCAAAUGGUCUUGAUUCCUGGAGACUACGUCACCUGCCACGUAGAAGGACAUCCACUCAGCAUCUCACCUCGCCUGUAUGCUCUGAGCCCCCCCACGGUGUCGCUGAGUCAUUCCGGUAACAUUCUAGAAGGCGGUCGGCUAAUUCUGAACUGCAGCAGCGUCAGCGUUUCGGCCGAACACCUCUGGCACAAAAAGACGGGACCCGCAAACCACCAAACGGUCGGAAAGGGACCGCAGCUGCUCUUCAGCUCCAUCAAGGCUUCAGACUCUGGCCAAUAUUUCUGCACUGCGGAGAACGAGCUGGGGAAGGCGACGUCGCAAAGUGUGGAGAUUGACGUCAGACCAUCAGCGAGAGUGCUAAACAUCAUCAGGUUGAGCGUGAUGUUUGUGCUCCUGCUCCUGCUGCUCCUACUGGCUCUCUGCAUGAGGAAAAAGACGUCGUCCUCCUCCAGACUGCGACCAAACGAGGUCGGACAAUUCAAAGAGAAGCGCCACCAUGUGGACUACGAGAACAUCCGCGCUUCAGCGAAGACGCGCAAACAUCGAAAGGAGGACACGCUGUGAAGGACGUCUCGCCAAAUAAAACUUCCCGCCAGUCGGUGUACUCGUUUCAGCGUCUUUAUACACAAAUACGUUUCUUUGAAAUGGCGACAAUCUGACUGGACAUAUUCAUAUUUUAUAUUUUUGAAACUGUAUGGAUUGACCGUCAACUGAUGCUUUUACGAAUAAACUUGUCGUGCCUGUCAAAA